GCAUGGCUGGGGGGACCAGUGGCCUGCAGGUCCCGCCCACCUCGGGUCCCUGGCUGAGGCCGCAUGCCCACCCAUGUAACUGGGGAAGCGGUUCCCUCCUUCCCUGGCUCCGCUUUGCUCUCUGGCCAGUCUGUACGCCCCCCCUCCCCCCCUCCGGGUUGUGUGUCUGCCGGCCUGGCCGCUCUGGGCUGUCAGGGGACUUUCCAGCCGAUUUGCAUGUUGCCCUGCGUGCCUUUCUGUUUACUUCACUCCAGAGUGAGGGAGAGCCAGACGCCUGCUCCCUCAGACUGAGCAGCAGGCACACAGGCCCCAUGGGGGCUGGCGGGCUGGCUGCUGUCCUGGGGGGAGUCCCUGCUGGGGUCCCGGCCGCCGGGACCACGGCAGCCGCUCGCUGGAGCCAGCAGCCGGCCUCUGGGCCUCAGGAGCUUGCGGCAGAGGGAGCAGAUGGAUUGUAAAAUGCAGGAGAUGCUGCCCGCGGACCCUAGAUGCUUCUCUAGAGCAUGAGCUCGGGCAAGAACGCCCGCUACAACCGCUUCUCUGGGGGGCCCGCCAACCUUCCCACUCCAGACGUCGCACCCGGGACCAGAAUGGAAACGACCUUCGGGCCUGCCUUUUCGGCCGUCACCACCAUCACAAAAGCCGAUGGGACCAGCACGUACAAACAGCACCGCAGGACCCCGUCUUCUUCUAGCACCCUCGCGUACUCACCGCGGGACGAGGAGGAUAGCAUGCCCCCCAUCAGCACCCCACGCCGCUCCGACUCGGCCAUCUCCGUCCGCUCCCUGCACUCGGAGUCCAGCAUGUCCCUGCGCUCCACCUUCUCGCUGCCUGAGGAGGAGGAGGAGCCGGAACCACUGGUGUUUGCCGAGCAGCCCUCGGUGAAGCUGUGCUGCCAGCUGUGCUGCGGCGUGUUCAAGGACCCCGUGAUCACCACAUGUGGGCACACGUUCUGUCGAAGAUGCGCCUUAAAGUCAGAGAAGUGCCCCGUGGACCACGCCAAGCUGACGGUGGUGGUGAACAACAUCGCGGUGGCCGAGCAGAUCGGGGAGCUGUUCAUCCACUGCAGGCACGGCUGCCGGGCGGCGGGGGCUGGGAAGCCUGCCGUCUUUGAGGUGGACCCCCGCGGGUGCCCCUUUACCAUCAAGCUCAGCGCUCGGAAGGACCACGAGGGCAGCUGCGACUACAGGCCCGUGCGGUGCCCCAACAACCCCAGCUGCCCGCCCCUCCUCAAGAUGAACCUGGAGGCCCACCUCAAGGAGUGUGAGCACAUCAAGUGUCCCCACUCUAAGUACGGGUGCACAUUCAUCGGGAACCAGGACACGUAUGAGACGCACCUGGAGACCUGCCGCUUCGAGGGCCUGAAGGAGUUCCUGCAGCAGACGGACGACCGCUUCCACGAGAUGCACGUGGCGCUGGCCCAGAAGGACCAGGAGAUCGCCUUCCUGCGCUCCAUGCUGGGCAAGCUCUCGGAGAAGAUUGACCAGCUGGAGAAGAGCCUGGAGCUCAAGUUCGAUGUUCUAGACGAAAACCAGAGCAAGCUCAGCGAGGACCUCAUGGAGUUCCGGAGGGAUGCGUCCAUGUUGAACGACGAGCUGUCCCACAUCAACGCGCGGCUGAACACGGGCAUCCUCGGAUCCUAUGACCCGCAACAGAUCUUCAAGUGCAAGGGAACCUUCGUGGGCCACCAGGGCCCUGUCUGGUGUCUCUGUGUCUACUCCAUGGGGGACCUGCUCUUCAGCGGCUCCUCUGACAAGACCAUCAAGGUGUGGGACACGUGUACCACCUACAAGUGCCAGAAGACGCUAGAAGGCCAUGACGGCAUUGUGCUGGCUCUUUGUAUCCAGGGGUGCAAGCUGUACAGCGGCUCAGCCGACUGCACCAUCAUCGUGUGGGACAUCCAGAACCUGCAGAAGGUGAACACGAUCCGGGCCCAUGACAACCCUGUGUGCACGCUGGUCUCCUCACACAACAUGCUCUUCAGCGGCUCCCUGAAGGCCAUCAAGGUGUGGGACAUUGUGGGCACUGAACUGAAGCUGAAGAAGGAGCUCACGGGCCUCAACCACUGGGUGCGGGCGCUGGUGGCCGCCCAGAGCUACCUGUACAGCGGCUCCUACCAGACAAUCAAGAUCUGGGACAUCCGGACCCUCGACUGCAUCCACGUCCUGCAGACAUCUGGUGGCAGCGUCUACUCUAUCGCGGUGACGAACCACCACAUUGUCUGCGGUACCUAUGAGAACCUCAUCCAUGUGUGGGACAUCGAGUCCAAGGAGCAGGUGCGGACCCUGACAGGCCACGUUGGCACCGUAUAUGCCCUGGCGGUCAUCUCAACGCCAGACCAGACCAAAGUUUUCAGCGCGUCCUACGACCGGUCUCUCAGGGUCUGGAGCAUGGACAACAUGAUCUGCACGCAGACACUGCUGCGUCACCAGGGCAGCGUGACCGCGCUGGCCGUGUCCCGGGGCCGGCUCUUCUCCGGGGCUGUGGACAGCACUGUGAAGGUUUGGACUUGCUGACAGAACCCAGACCAGUCUCGGCUUCCUCUGGGACCGCCCUAGGCCUGUCCAAAGCAGGCUGGCCGCGUGACGGGUCUCAAGGGGCGCUUGCUGCCUGCCCUGCAGAGAUGGGCAGGCAGGUGCCCUGGCCAGGCAGUGCCCUCCCCACCCUGUGCCCGGCGAGCCUCCCUCUGCUUGGUCCUGUGAUCGUCGCUGCCAAGACAGUGCCCAGCCCCUCCCUCUGGGUGCCAGGUACGAUGCUCGCCCGGCCCACCCUCCAUCCCCACCCCAGAUGGACCGUGGGCCUUUUUACUCACCUUUUCUACUGUUUUUAGACUGUAUAUAGAUUUGAUUACUUCUUGAUUGAAAUAAAAGCUGCACAGACUGUGA